AUGGGGAAGAAGAAACCAGACAUGUCCCAAGUGUAUAGCAAUUCCAAAAAUGAAUUUAUCUUUGGGGAAAAUGGUGGAAAGGGUAAACAUUUAUCAUCGUUCCUUAAGAAUUUAUCAUUAACAAGUUCAACUACUCCAAGUACUUCAUCAUCAGUAACAUCUGCUAGCAAUAGUAUUGGUAGCAGCGGUACUAAUCAUGGUGAUUACAAUGAUAUAAAUAGUACUAUCUAUGGAUCAUUAAGUUAUGGGAGAAGAACAACACCUAAUCAAAGAUCUGUAAGUGUGGGAUCAACCUUUUCUCAUGCCAAUCCUAAUAUUGCUCCAUCCAAUGAAAGAUCAAGUACAUCCCCCUAUUCAAAUAAUCAUGGGACAGGUUCAAGUCUACUACUUAAAGGUACUCAUCGUCGAUCUCAUUCUACUACAAGAUAUGCUGAUAAUGAUGAUGAUUGGGAUGCAGGGUUUGAAGAAGUUAUGGCUAAAAUGGGUAAUUCUCCAAAUUUACAACCUCUGCCUGUAGUUGAUUCAAUGUAUCCCGAUUUAAUGAUUCCUUUAUCAGGAACUGAAGGUAGAUCAAGAUCAAGUUCACCUCAAUAUAAAAGUAGAGCAUCGAAGGAAUCCUUAGAUGAUGAAGAUUAUCAAAUGAAAUUAGAAAUCACUAAACUUAAUCAAUUAAAUACCAAGUAUGCCAAAUUUACAAAAGUAUUAACAUCAGAUAAUAAUCUAAAUCUUAAUGAAUUAAGGAAAUUAUCUUGGAAUGGGAUCCCAAAUGAGUUAAGAGCUAUAGCAUGGCAAAUAUUAUUGGGUUACUUGCCGACAAAUAAAACUAGACAAGGUUCAACUUUAAAACGGAAAAGACAAGAAUAUGUGGAAGGCAUAUCGGGUAUUACAACCAUUGAUUUCGAUGAAGAUAGUAGUAAUAAUGGUGGUACUGGUACCUCUGCCAAUAACUCAUCAGUUUCAUUAGCCAAUAAUAAUCGUGACAAACAAAUUUACCAUCAAAUUAAUAUUGAUGUAAAGAGAACUCAUCCCACUAUUAAAUUAUAUAGUAAUGGUGAAAUUCAAACUUCAUUAAGAAAAAUCUUAUAUUUAUGGGCAGUAAGACAUCCUGCAAGUGGGUAUGUUCAAGGUAUUAAUGAUUUAGUUACCCCAUUUUUCCAAAUAUUCUUAAGUCAUUACAUAUGGCAAUUACAACGAACAAAAUAUAGUGAACAUGAAAAUUCACUACAAGAAGAUUCACAAUUAUUUAUUCCAGGGUUAUUGGAUACAGAAAACAAUGAUGAAAAAGAGCAAGUGUUAUUGAACGAUCCUAAAUUGAUGACUUAUACCUUGGAUAAUAUCCCUACCAAUUUAAUUUCUUCUCGAGUAUAUGCCAUUAUUGAAGCUGAUACGUAUUGGUGUCUUUCCAGAUUAUUAGAAAAUAUCACAGAUAAUUAUAUUCAUCAACAACCUGGUAUUAUAAGACAAGUGGGUGAUUUACGUAAUUUAAUUUCCAAGAUUGAUCUUGAAUUAUUAAAUCAUUUGGAAAGUGAAGGAGUUGAAUUCAUUCAAUUUUCAUUCCGUUGGAUGAAUUGUUUAUUAAUGAGAGAAUUAUCGAUGCCAUUAAUCAUCAGAAUGUGGGAUACUUAUCUUAGUGAAGUCCCAUUAGGAUUUAAUAAUUUCCAUGUCUAUGUAUGUGCCGCAUUCUUAAUUAAAUUCAGUAGUGAUCUUAAAGAACGAGAUUUCCAAGAAAUCUUAUUAUUCUUACAAAGCCCUCCAACCACAUAUUGGAAAGAAAAAGAUAUUGAAUUGAUGCUUAGUGAAGCUUUCAUAUGGCAAAGUCUCUAUAAAAAUGCCAGUGCUCAUUUGAAAUAA